CUUAUCUCCCCAGAGGAAAGGAGUGAACAGGAAACUCCAGGAUUUGCUGUUGGAAUCUGGGCUCCCAAGUGCCACCAUCAUGGUAGCCUUGCUGGAGGAGUUCUGCCAAUCCACCUUUUGGAAUUUGUCAUUCGUGGAUCGCCCGGAUCCUGAUCUUCCACUGUGCUUCGAGCAGACUGUUUUGGUCUGGAUUCCUCUGGGUUUCCUGUGGCUUUUGGCUCCAUGGCACCUUUUCCACAUAUAUCGAAACAGAACCAAGCAAUCACCUUUAACCAAACUCUACCUUGCCAAGCAGGUGCUCGCAACAUUGCUCGUCAUCACGACGGCCAUUGAGCUGGCCCUCACUCUCAUCCAGGAUUUUGGACAAUAUGCCGGCCCCAGACAAGACCCAAACCCUCCCGUUCGGUAUGCCAACCCGUGCCUCUACAUAGCUACCUGGCUCCUGGUUAUACUGAUCCACCACAGCCGGAGACGGUGUGUCCGAAAGGAUUCCAGUGUGCUGUUCGUAUUCUGGGUGCUCUCUCUACUCUGUGGUGUCUUCCAGCUCCAAACUCUGAUCCGGAUGCUUUUACAGGGUCAGACAUCCAAUUUAGCCUGGCACUGCCUGUACUUCAUCUCCUAUGGGUUACAGCUCCUUACCCUGAUCGUCUCAUCUUUUUCUGAAGUCUCUCAAGAAACUGAUGAAGAACUGAAGAAUCCAUCAGCCACUGCCUCCUUCCUAAGCUCCAUCACCUAUAGUUGGUUUGACAGAAUGGUUUACAAAGGCAAUAAAGAGACUCUGACUCUAGAUGAUAUGUGGAAUUUGAAUGAGGCAGAUGAAACUUCCGUUCUCACCACCAUCUUUAACCGUUACAUGGAAGUGGACUUGAAAAAGGCCAAGCGGGAGUUGGAGAAGCGGUGCCAGAAGAGAAAAGCCCAUGUAAAAUCCCAAAGCCCAGUGAACGGCCUAAGCAAGAGCCAAAGCCAAGACGUCCUUGUAUUGGAGGAAAGGAGGUCAAAGAGAAAGAAGAAAGAGUCCGGUUCUGGAACUGAGAAGGACUAUGCAAAAUCCUGGUUGGUCAAAGUUCUGUUUAAAAUGUUCCGAGGGAUCCUUCUGAAAUCGUUCGUGAUCAAGCUGGUGCACGAUCUGCUGGCGUUUGUCAGUCCUCAGCUGUUGAAGAAGAUGAUUUCCUUUACGAUGGACUCCACCAGCUACUCAUGGGUGGGCUAUAUCUAUGCCAUCCUCUUUUUUUGGGUGGCACUCAUCCAGUCCAUCUGCCUUCAGAAGUACUUUAAAAACUGCUUCAUCCUGGGCAUGAACGUCAGGACCACCCUCAUAGCGUCUGUAUAUAAGAAGGCCCUGGCCAUCUCCAAUGCCUCCAGGAAGCAGUACACUGUGGGCGAAAUGGUGAACCUGAUGUCCGUGGACGCCCAGCGGUUUUUGGAAGUGGCCAACUUCAUUCACCUGUUGUGGUCGUGCCCUCUUCAGAUCGUGCUGGCUACUGUCUUCCUGUGGAUGGAGAUGGGGCCCUGCAUCCUCGCCGGUCUUGGAUUCCUGGUCCUGCUGAUCCCCAUUAAUGGGCUGCUGGCCACCAAAUGCAGGAUGAUUCAGGUAAAAAACAUGAAGAACAAAGACAAACGCUUGAAAAUCAUGAAUGAGAUCCUCAGUGGGAUAAAGGUCUUAAAGCUAUUUGCCUGGGAGCCCUCUUUUGAGACGCAGGUCCAAGAGAUCCGCAAGAAAGAGGUGAAGAAUUUGAAGAACUUUGCCUACCUGCAGGCUGUCACUGUGUUCAUCUUCAACAUGGCUCCUGUUUUGGUGUCUGUCAUUACCUUUGGGGUCUAUGUCCUGGUGAACGAGAACAACAUUUUAGACGCGCAGACGGCCUUCACCUCCAUCACCCUUUUCAACAUACUUCGCUUUCCUCUGGCCAUGCUUCCCAUGCUCAUUUCCUCCCUGCUGCAGGUGAGCGUUUCCACAGAGCGUCUGGAGAAGUAUUUGAGUGGGGAUGACCUGGAUACCUCAGCCAUUCGAUGUGACCCCACUCUUAAUCAGGCAGUACAGUUUCACAAGGCUUCCUUUACCUGGGAUCAAGAUGCUGACCCCACCAUCAGAGAUGUCACUCUGGACAUCCAGCCGGGCCAGCUGAUGUCCGUGGUGGGGGCUGUGGGCUCUGGCAAGUCCUCCCUCAUUUCAGCCCUGCUGGGAGAGAUGGAGCAUGUUCACGGGAACAUCACCAUUAAGGGUUCCUUAGCCUACGUGCCCCAGCAGUCCUGGAUUCAGAACGGCACCCUGAGGGACAACAUUCUCUUUGGGUCCCCAUUGGACGAAGAGCGGUACCAGCGGAUUCUGGAGGCUUGUGCUCUUCUCCCGGACCUGGAGCUGCUCCCUGGGGGAGACAUGGCCGAAAUUGGCGAGAAGGGCAUCAACCUCAGCGGGGGUCAGAAGCAGCGGGUCAGCCUGGCCAGGGCUGUCUACAGCGACAUGGACAUUUUUGUCCUGGAUGAUCCACUCUCAGCGGUGGAUGCACAUGUGGGGAAGCACAUUUUCAAUAAAGUCUUGGGCCCAAAUGGUCUGCUGAAAAACAAGACACGGCUCUUGGUGACACACAGUAUCAACUUCUUGCCCUUCGUGGAUGAGAUCGUAGUUCUGACGAAUGGGACCGUGUCCGAGAAGGGAUCCUAUGAGACUCUGUUGGCCAACGGAGGGGCUUUUGCUCAGAUUUUAAGCACGUACAGCAAGCACGACAGCUCUGAAGGGGAGAUCACAGUGGAUGUCGGGGCCAACAGUGAAGAGGAGGAUGAUGAUGGAGCGAUACCCACUGCAGAGGAAGUUCCCUAUGAGGUGGUCACCCUGGCCCUGAAAAGAGAGGGCAGCUUUCAUCGGCGCCUCAGCCGCAGUUCCAGGAUUGGAAGCUCCCGGCUUCGGAAGUCACUACGAAGCACCCUAAAAGCUGGGGAGUUGGGAGCAGGGCAGACAGGCCCCAAGGAACUGGUGAAAGGACAGGAGCUAAUUAAGAAGGAAGCAAUGGAAAUUGGAAAGGUGAAGUUCAGCCUAUUCUUGAAGUACCUGCGAUCAGUAGGGUGGAAUUUAAUCUUCUUCAUCGUCCUUAUCUACGUGGCAAAUGCCGUGGCUUUCAUCGGCUCCAAUCUCUGGCUCAGUGUCUGGACGCAGGACUCCGUCACCUACCAAAAUGAAACCUAUCCAUCUUCCAUUCGGGACAUGAGGAUUGGGGUCUUCGGGGUUCUGGGACUCGCACAAAGUCUCUCUAUAUUAGGGGCAAUGCUCCUGGCUGCCUACGGGGCCACCUGGGCAUCAUACCUCCUGCACAAGGAGCUGCUGGGCAACAUCCUCAAAGUCCCUAUGAGCUUCUUUGACACCACUCCCACAGGCCGGAUCGUCAACAGGUUUGCCAAUGACAUUUCUACAGUGGAUGACCUACUGCCCAUGUCCUUCCGCAGCUGGUUAUUAUGUUUCCUGGGGAUAAUCAGCACCCUCGUCAUGAUCUGCACAGCGACCCCAGUUUUCAUUGUUGUCAUCAUCCCUCUGGCCAUCUUUUAUAUCUUCAUUCAGAGAUAUUACAUUGGAACAUCCCGCCAGCUGAGACGCCUGGAGUCUGUCACCAAGUCGCCCAUCUAUUCUCACUUCAGCGAAUCGGUGUCGGGCUUGUCUGUGAUUCGAGCUUUUGGGCAUCAGCAGCGGUUCUUGGAGCACAACGAGGAAGCCAUCAACAUCAACAUGAAAUGUGUUUUCUCCGGGAUCAUCUCCAACAGGUGGCUCGCCAUCCGUCUGGAGCUGGUCGGGAACCUGGUGGUCUUCUUUGCUGCUCUCCUGGGCGUGAUUUACAAAGACACCCUGAACGGCGGCACCAUGGGCUUGGUCCUCACCAACGCACUCAAUAUCACACAGACUCUGAACUGGUUGGUGAGAAUGACUUCAGAGCUGGAGACCAAUAUUGUGGCUGUGGAGCGGAUACAUGAAUACAUGAGCGUAAAGAAUGAGGCCCCCUGGGUGACCAAAAAGAGGCCCCCGCCUGGCUGGCCCAACAGAGGUGAGAUCCAGUUCGUGGACUACCAGGUGCGGUACCGCCCGGAGCUGGAUCUGGUGCUGCGGGGGAUCAGCUGUGACAUCGGGAGCACAGAGAAGAUCGGCAUCGUGGGCAGGACUGGGGCUGGGAAGUCCUCGCUCACCAACUGCCUCUUCCGGAUCCUGGAGGCUGCUGGGGGCAAGAUUCUGGUGGAUGGGCUGGACAUAGCCUCCAUUGGGCUCCACGAUCUUCGGGAGAGACUAACCAUCAUCCCUCAGGACCCCAUCCUGUUCUCUGGGACUCUACGGAUGAACCUGGAUCCUUUCCACCGCUAUUCGGAUGAGGACGUCUGGAAGGCCCUGGAGCUGGCCCACCUGAAGCCCUACGUGUCCGGCCUGCCCGAGGGACUGAAUUACGAAGUGACCGAGGCUGGCGAGAAUCUCAGCGUGGGGCAGAGGCAGCUGCUGUGCCUGGGCCGGGCUCUGCUCCGCAAAUCCAAGAUCCUCAUCAUGGACGAGGCCACGGCCGCGGUGGACCUGGAGACGGACCACCUCAUUCAGAUGACCAUCCAGAGCGAGUUCUCCAACUGCACGGUGCUCACCAUCGCCCAUCGGCUCCACACCAUCAUGGAGAGUGACAGGGUGAUGGUGCUGGACAGUGGGAAGAUUGUGGAAUUCAACAGCCCCAUGGAGUUGCUCCAGCAGCCCGGCCUUUUUUACUCUAUGGCCAAGGACGCUGGCAUUGAGAUUCCGUCGGACACAGCACUGUAACCCUACGGUGCCAGCGGGGAGACGGAGCACAGCUCCCGGCCCAGAGGAGGAAGCGGUUGGGCCUGGUAGGGUCCCCGUUUGUGCCCCAUCGGCCCAACGCUUUCUUCCCUGAGGAUAUUUUCACUGGUCCCACUCCACUUGGAAUUGGUAAGGGACCCUACAGCCGAAAUGUACAAUCUUUGCACUUGACGUGUGCCCCAGUUAAGAGCACACAGGUCCAGAACAGGCAAGGAGAAUUGGAAGAGGAUUAGCCGCAAGGCUAAGCAGAACACUGUGGGAACAGGGCUGUACGUCUGGAACGGGGCUGUAUGUCUCAGCUUCUUUCUUUGUGAUGGAGGGGACGAUCCAUGCUAACCUCUUCCCCAGAAAACUUAGGGCAUUCACAAGUGAUCUCGAAGCAGCAGCCCACAAGAAAAUGACGUUUCCAACCUCCCUCCCUUUUCAAGCUAGCAGCCUAGGCAAGGUCCCUUUCCCAAGACCUUCAUCUAGCCUUUCACCUGGCAGGAUUGAAUUUAAGGCAGAUGAAACCGCAUCUAAGAAAAUUACCCCUCGAUUCCCAAACCCUACCCACUCCCGUUGCUCCUCCCACAGCAUCUCCCCCAAAGGGCAGCCACAAUCACGCUACAUGUUCCGCUUCAUUAUCCAGAAGGCCCCGCUGGGUCACCUUCAUCCAGGGUGAGAGGAGUAAACCCCUCAUCUAAGGCUGAGAUGGCAGUGGCAUGGCAGAGACCGCCCAACUCCCCGGACCUCGGCCCUGCUGGCCAAGUGCAUUGGAGGGUCUGCCAGGGGAUGGCUAGAAAUCUGUCACCCAGCCGCCUGGGAAAUCCCAUCAUCGUCCUGGAACUGCCACUGCUGACAGCCGGUAGCCCCCCCCGACCCCAGCUGAACCGUUGGGGUGGGGGGGGCGGGCAGCGGAGCAGGAGGUAAUUUCCUUCCCCACCCUAAUUCUUUAAUCCACUUCUUUCUCACCCCAUCCCCGUCCCGUAAUCUGGAAUCAACAGUCUUUUGUGAGACCUUGUCGUAACUGCUAGGGAGGAUAUCUAAAGAUCGGGCAAUUGGCAGGGGUUUAGGAAGAGACACAACGGUAAAAAGCAUUUACUGGAGUUGGGAUGGAGUUACAGCCCGAAGGCUGUGGCUGGGGCAGAGAGAAAAGGGACAGGUUCCUUCAGGACUGGAUCUAGAGGAUGCAAAGGCCAUAGAGGAUAAGGCAGGGCAGGCCCCUGCCCUCCUGUGGGAUUCCAAAGGCUUCACAACUUACAGGGGCAGAGAAGCAACGGUUCUGUCUUCAUGCAUUCGUGGAGUUGAAACCAAGUUAGGAGCUCAAGCCCCGGGCAGCCCUUACUCCACGAAAGGCUGAAUUAUCCAUGUCGUUCUCAGGUCCCCAGUGCCCCAAGGUUACAGAAACAAGUAAGGGGCCAAAGCUCUGUCCCUAUGCCAGCUGAAUAGUAGAACAAAUGGACAAUUAAAGGUUAUGGAGAUCGUUGUA